AUGAGGGACCUCAGCGCGACUUCAUGGAGGUGGUGGAAAGAGGUGAUGCGAGGGGCUAUGAUGGCCUAUCGUGAAUGGCUUCGAGCAGAGCCGGUUCAGAGGCUUCACAUCAAGGCGGAAAUGCCUCGGGAGUGCAACACCGUGUGGAGCAGGUUGGAGCAAAGAGGACAGUUGAUGCUGCUGAACGCAGUGCCAGCGUCAAUCCGAUCAGAGAUGCUGGCAAACAGGGCUUCCAACUCGGUGGACGUUCUCUAUGCCUUGUUUCGGAGGUACCAGCCAGGAGGGCUGGCGGAGAGAUCUCGACUUCUCCGACAGCUGGUCGAGCCCAAGACACCGCAGACGAUGAACGAGGUGGUGGAGAUGCUUCGCGGCUGGAGGAGGAGCUUGAGGAGAGCGCAAGAGCUGGAGAUUGCCACUCCGGACGCGACCCUGUUGCUUGGGGCGUUGGACAAGAUGUCGGAGCUGGCGGAAUCACUGGCCAUCAGCGAUGUUCAACCACCCCCAGAGGUCAAGCCGUCGAACCAUGUCACCAAGGUCAAGGCGAUGACCACAGUGGCGGAGGAGAAGGCGGAGAACGGGGUCGUGAAGGCCAGAGCUGAGGGACGGGGUGAGGAGAAGCCGUGUCGGUUCUGGGGCACCGAGGAAAGGUGCCGGAAGGGACAAGACUGCCGCUUCAAGCAUGAUUGGGGCGGGCUGGAAAAGAAGGGGAGGUGCUUCGGAUGCUCGGGAACUGGUCACUCGAAGAAGGACUGCCCGACCGUGAAGCCAAAGGUGAAGGAGUCACCAGAGAAGCAGGCUGUGAAAGCCGUCAAGGAGAAGGUCACGACCAUCCAGGCGAAGGGGGACAUGAGUGAUGGUGGGCCCAAGACUGGGGGGAGUGAGCCGAUGGAGAACGGCCAGUCCAGUGAAGGCGACAAGGGAGCGGGAACUUCCGGGGAGAUGAAGGAACUGUUGAAUGAAGCCACCACGUUAUUGAAGAGUUUGAGGCCAAGUUCAUCGAUGAAGGCCAUCCGAUUGAGCAGCUUAGAGGUGCGAGAAGGAGGAAGGGCGCUUCUAGAUGGAGGAGCCACCCACUGCUUGAGGAGAACCUCUUCGGAAGAGGAAUGGGCAAGCGUCCAAGAGGUCAGUGUAGAGCUGGCCGCAGGAUCAGCAGUCCUGAGGCUUCUCCCGUGGACGAGAACCUUGCUGACCAAGGAGGAUGCCCUACGAUCGACGAGGACAUCGGCUUGGAAGUGGACCUCGAGAAGGCGAGGCAUCUAUACGGAGUUGAAGAACCUCUUUCCGGAAGUGCCACACCACAUCCUGGAGAGGCUGCUGCCGAAGAAAGGGUGGACGGGCGAAGGGCUUCCCUGGAAUCGGCGUGAGAGAAGGCGGGUUCGAAAGGCCAAGGAGGUCAUCAUCCACCUCUUCAGCGGAGACUCUCGAAAGUUCUGGCAGAAGGAGCUUGAGGCUGAGAACAGGGUGGUCCUGUGCAUCGACACGGUGAUUGACCAGGGACUCAACCUUGUGAGGGAUGACAUCUACUCCUUCCUGCUCGACCUGGCUGACAGCAGCACAGUGUGCCCGAAGCCAACGUUGUCAGUUCUGGAGCAGCCGGAGGACCCGGAAGAAUAUGUUGAGACGGAUGAGGCAAGGGGCCAGACGUACCCUUCGUACUGGAGCUGGCCUGAAUGGAAGGCAUUCAGAGAUCCAUGGGGAGUGACGGAGGUGAGCUUCGAUCAGGGGCCCAUGGGUCAUGCCCGGCGGAAACCGACGAGGCUGGGCACCAACAUUGCCAAGUUGACCGAGCUUCAGGACAUCAGAGGCCCAGGAGUUGGUGGGAACACGGCACUGGCAGAGGACCUCACGGAGAGGAUCAAGCAGAGCAAGGAUUGGUCUACGUGGGCGCCUGGCUUGAAGAUGGCCCUAGUGACCGCCAUUCGGGAGACGCUGAAGUCCUCCGAGUUCCAG